AAAGCCAAAACAAUGCAGGCCACACCCUAUCUCCCACACGGUACAUAGCUGAAGAAGGGAGAUUCCAUUUUGAAAGAAUAAAGAGUGGUUACAGGUUUCCAAAAAUGUCUCUCCCUACCAACUAGAAUGUGAUCUCACUCUUUUUAUAUAUUGAUAUACAUACAACUCCCUUAUAUGAACUAAAGGACCAAGACACCAACCAAAAAAAACUUUUAACCACACACACAUAUCACUCUAUACAGAUAUUUUAUCUUCUGUCCUUAAAAGGGACCCUCCUCUUCAUACUUCAAAGAAAAAACUUUUCAUUUGUUUUUUGAAAAAAGACUCUUUCACAACACCCAUCUAUAACCUCUCAUCUCCCUCUAACAACUUACUGCAACUACUCCAUGAAAACUCUUUACUAAACAUCACUCAACCACUUCGGCACUACUUAAGCACCUCCCUUCACACCGGAGGUGCAUGAACAAACGCAACCACCACUAAACAACAACUCAGCCACAAACCGCAUCCACGCAACAACCACAGACCGCUCUCUCUCCACCACCACAACAUCGUCGCCGAAGAUAUUGGAAGAUCACGAAAACAACUUUGUUGUUACACACUGAGUCCUCAACACCACUACAACACGAGAGCCAACGCUCAUCAAAGAAUGGCAGAUCAAGAACAAGAAUUGGAGAGAGUAAGCUCAGAACUUGAGGACCUACGAGGAAACAUGGGUCAAGUCAUGAAAAUACUACAAGUCAUUAAGGCCAAAUUAGACACCCAAACGACAGUCAUUUCAGAAAUCACCGGUCCUACGAUUGAACCCCAACCUGCAAGGACAUUGCCUACUACUUGGCCAGUCUUCGGUUUACCUCCCGGCUUUACACCUUCAGUUGAAGGUGCCUCUGGAGUUGUACAACCCACUCAGCAAACAGUCCCUCUACCAACCAUCAAUGAAGCUCAUCUCGUGGUCCACACAUUUGCACCACCCCUUGUCCACGCAUAUGUGCAACCUUAUUUUGAAGAUCAACAACAUGCUCCAGAUUUUUCUGACGAAGAUGAUGAAAGGCAUGAAGACAUAAGAGGAAUGAAGGAGAAUUUUCAGAUUCUUGAGAAAAGGUUAAGGGCUAUGGAAGGUGACCAAGUCUUUGGUGUUGCUGCUAGGGAGAUGUGCCUAGUGUCUGGUCUCAUGAUUCCUGCAAAAUUCAAGACCCCGGAUUUUGAUAAGUACGAGGGCCACUCAUGUCCUAAAAGUCACAUCAUUAUGUACUGUCGAAAAAUGGCGGCGCACGUGGAGGACGAUAAACUUAUGAUGCAUUGCUUCCAAGACAGCUUGAGGGGUGCUCUCUCUAAGUGGUACUUAAGCCUUGAUCAAAGUAGAAUUCGUUGUUUCCAAGACUUAUCUGAUGCUUUCAUCCAGCAUUAUAAGUAUAACAUGGAUAUGGCCCCAGAUAGGAGGCAAUUACUCAGCAUGUCCCAGAAAGAUAACGAGUCUUUUAAGGAAUAUGCACAACGAUGGAGGGAAGUGGCCUCGCAAGUCGAACCACUCCUUGUUGAGAAGGAGUUAGCAUAUUGGUUCAUGGAUACAGUAAAACCCAUGUUCUAUGAAAGGAUGGUGAGUAGUGUAUCGGCAAGUUUCUCUGACUUGGUUGCCGUGGGCAUAAAAGUCGAGCUUGGAUUGAAGAAUGGCAAAAUGAUAACCACCAAUGAAACAUCCGGUAAUAAUGUCAAAAAGUUUUCCGGAGGUUUUCAAAGAAAGAAAGAGGGCGAAACAAACGCAGUGUCAACCAGUCAAAGAAGGAGUCACUCGUGGAAGAAGCAACAACAACAAAUUGCUCAAUAA